GCGACCGUAGUAGGCCCUGCUCCACUAACAGUAUACCCAAAAGCCCCAGGCGCAAUAGCACUCUUCUUCACCUCUUCCAUACCAGGAACCAAACGCGCCCUUUUAGGCUCAACAACCUUAUCAUUGGACAAUGUCUUGCCCAAGCCAACCAGAUCUCCUUGCAAUACAAAAGCCACUAAAGCCCCAGCUUGACUACAAUUCCUAAAAUAGUGACGCAUUCCAAAGCAGGCUUACAAAUACAAGAAAAGACCUUUCUCAUCUGGGAACUUUAAUUCGACCGACUCUAUGGAAUUCCAAACCUAAUAUAAUUCCUACUUCCUUUUGGAUUUGCAAUCACUAUAUAUAUGUGUAUUACAUGAAGCUCGCCACGCCUCUUAUAACUCGUAAUCAGCUAUCGCAUUCUUCUAGUUUUCUGCAAGGUUUUUGUGGGUAACAGCCACUUUGUUUUUUCAGCAAACAUGAAGGUAGCAGAGUACGUACCAGUUAUGAAACGCAGAGCUUUAGAAGCACAAAAGAUUCUUGAUAGGAAAAGGAAGGCUUGUGCCCUAGAAGAUGAACAGAAGAAAAAACCCAAAGUUUUUGAAGCUAAAGCCAGUCUUCUUGUCCAGGUUUCAGAUCUUAAACGCGAACAUCCUGAAAUUAGUGAAAUUGAGCAGAUUGUGCAACAAGAGAAAGAGAUGCUAGAGCAUUUAUCAGAUAUGAAAGCGCUGAUGUCUGUACAAGAAUUGGCCAAGGGUAUCACUUAUACUGAGCCUUUGUUGACAGGAUGGAAGCCGCCUCUUUGUAUCAGGAAAAUGUCUCAAAAGCAAUGUGAUUCCAUUCGGAAAAAGUGGCACAUUAAAGCUGAUGGUGAUGAUAUUCCUCCGCCUGUCAAGAAUUUUCAGGAUAUGAGAUUUCCUGAGCCUAUUUUGAAGACUUUGAAAGCCAAAGGAAUUGUGCAGCCUACGCCAAUUCAGAUACAGGGUCUUCCUGUGAUCUUAUCUGGAAGGGAUAUGAUCGGCAUUGCCUUUACAGGCUCUGGAAAGACACUUGCCUUCGUACUUCCCAUGAUUACAAUUGCUUUUCAGGAGGAGAUAAUGAUGCCUAUUGCGCCACGAGAAGGGCCGUUUGGAUUGAUAAUAUGCCCAUCAAGGGAACUUGCUAGGCAAACUUAUGAAGUUGUGGAACAGUUUUUGAUCCCUACGAGACGAGCCGGGUAUCCAGAGUUGAGGGCAUUGCUUUGUGUUGGCGGAGUGGAUAUGAGGUCCCAAUUGGAGGUGGUGAAAAAGGGUGUGCAUAUCGUUGUGGCAACUCCAGGACGGUUGAAGGAUAUGCUGGCGAAGAAGAAAAUGAAUCUUGAUAAUUGCAGGUAUUUGACAUUGGAUGAAGCUGAUAGAUUAGUAGAUUUGGGCUUUGAAGAUGAUAUAAGGGAAAUCUUUAGCUACUUUAAAGCUCAGAGGCAGACUCUUUUGUUCUCUGCCACUAUGCCUACAAAAGUUCAGAAUUUUGCUAAAAGUGCUCUAGUUAAGCCUGUUAUUGUUAACGUCAGCAGAGCAGGAGCAGCAAACCUUGAUGUGAUUCAGGAGAUCGAGUAUGUAAAGCAAGAGGAUAAGACUGCAUACCUUCUUAAGUGUCUAGAGAAGACCCCACCACAGGUUUUAAUAUUUUGCGAGAGCAAAGCUGAUGUGGAUAAAAUUCAUGAAUAUCUCCUAUUGAAAGGAGUUGAAGUUGUGGCCAUCCAUGGAGGCAAAGAUCAGGAAGAGAGAGAGUAUGCGAUUUCAUCAUUCAAAUCAGGCAAGAAAGAUGUCUUGAUUGCAACAGAUGUUGUCUCAAAGGGUUUGGAUUUUCCUGACAUUCAACAUGUAAUCAACUAUGAUAUGCCUGCAGAAAUUGAGAACUAUGUGCAUAGAAUUGGACGAACAGGAAGGUGUGGCAAGACAGGAAUUGCAACGACGUUUAUAAACAAAAACCAGAGUGAAACGACUCUGCUUGAUUUGAAACACCUGUUGCAAGAAGCAAAACAGAAGAUCCCACCUGUUCUGGUUGAGGUAAGAGGCAGCGAGAUGGAAAAUGAGGGAAUCAGUAGCGAAAUUGGAGUGGAGGGAUGCACUUAUUGUGGUGGGCUGGGUCACCGAAUUAGCAAUUGUCCCAAGUUGGAGCAUCAGAGAUUGCAGCAACUUGCUACUGUGAAAAAGGAUUACUUUGGUUAUGGAGGGUAUAAAGGAGAAAUGUGAUGUAUUUACAGUUUGAUCUUAGAGUAUUAAGUUUUGAAUCAUGUUUCUGUUAGUGUAAUAUCCCAGGAAUAGAACAUUAAUUUACAAGGGAAAGCGAAUUAUGUGUCAUGCUCAUUCUGUUAGAAAUUCAGUUACUUGGCCUUGUCAUUGUAAUUUUAGAUUUUAUCUUUCUCAAAUCAAUACAAUAUUUACAUUUUCUUUUCCUAUUUUUA